ACAGUUUAACAUCCAAUUACAUUUAAAAAAUUUUAUAAUGAAAUUUGAAAAGAUUGUAAAUGAUGAAGUACUGGUGAAAAAACCACAUAAGAUUGAAUGGCAAAUUAUUUGGGCAAAUGUUAUUAUUGUCAUAUAUAUUCAUUUUACUGCCCUUUAUGGAAUAUAUUUAACCAUUUUUUAUCCUAUUAAACUUUGGACUUUCAUCUGGUUCUUCGCUGUUGGUAUAUUUUCAAAUAUAGGAUCCACUGCUGGCGUUCAUAGAUUAUGGUCUCAUCGGUCUUAUAAGGCAAAGUGGCCGAUGAAACUUAUUCUUAUGAUUUUCCAGACUAUUUCGUAUCAAGGUCACAUUUACGGAUGGGUUAGGGAUCACAGAGUACACCAUAAAUUUACUGACACUGAUGCAGAUCCAUAUAAUGCACGUAAAGGAUUCUUUUUUUCGCAUAUUGGUUGGAUUUUGGUUCAUAAACAUCCAGACGUCAUCAGCAAGGGUGCUAUGAUCGACUUGAGUGAUCUUAAACAAGAUUGCCUUGUGGUCUUUCAGAGAAAGUACGAUGGACAUAGUUUAUUCUGCAGGAGCAAAUUUAAUUUAAAAAAUAUAUGUAUAUAUUGUUUAUUUAACUUUAAUGGUUUUGUUUCUUUUAUUUAUACUUUUUUUAGAUGGUACCGAUAUUUGAUGUUAUUUUGCUGCUUUAUCAUACCGACAUUAAUACCUUGGUGGGUAUGGAGUGAGAAUCUGUGGUGUGCGUGGCAUCUUAACAUGACUAGAUGUGUCAUAAAUUUACACACAAUAUUAUCAAUAAAUUCCGCAGCUCACAUGUGGGGUGUGAAACCAUAUGAUAAAUCAAUUAGCCCCACCGAAAAUGCAGUUGUCUCUUUUAUAUCGUGUGGCGAAGGCUGGCACAAUUAUCAUCACGUUUUCCCUUGGGAUUACAAAGCGGCGGAACUUGGAAAUUAUAAGCUCAAUAUUGCUACAGCUUUUAUUGAUUUUUUUGCUUAUCUAGGUUUAGCUUAUGAUUUAAAAACUGCAUCUGCCAAAAUUGUGAAAAAACGUGCUCUUCGAAACAGCGAAAUAAAUUAAAAUAAAUAAAAAAUGUAUGUGUUACAUGUAAUU